GCGUUUUUUGGUUAGUUCGUGCCUGGUACGCUUGCAAAUUCCGUGUGAUAUCUGGUUUUCGGAUAAAAAAUCCGAUUCUGCUUCACGUUAAGAUAAGCUUAGCCGUUUCUGAACACCCCGUCACUUUAACGUUUGUGCUCGUUUUGUGCAGAGUGAGUGAAAGUGCCGUUUCAACAGAGCAUCUUUGCGAAAUGUACACACAACACGAUGCCUACCCCAACGCCAUCAGGUGUGUUUUGAAGUGGCAGUGAAGCAGAUCGACCCCACACGGACGCACAAGGAAAGCCGCCCGCAAACGAAGCACCAGCUGCAGCAGUCCAGCAAAUGUUGGUGGUUCAAGCGUGAAAACCGUUUACCCCUUAGCCAGUUAAGCAAACGGCUGGAGCGUAGUGGAAUGAAGAUUUGCUAACGCGAAAACAACAAUUUCGCAAACGCAAUCGGAGUGUACAACAAAGUGAACAACGAACGUUCUUCAACGUAGCUCCUGCCACACACGCGAGUGUGUGUAUGCGUAUCGGCAAGAACGAACCGUGAGUCCAAAGGCACACUUUCCUUGAACCGUACGCAAAAAGCAAACGGGUGCGAACGAAUCGAAUCGCGAAGAAAAUCCCGCUGACCUACAAACGGAAAACAACAGUAGGUCUUGUGGAGCUGCUGCUUGUUGACCGGUUCGGUUUCACCUUCAGCAGCGCUGCUAGUGAACGACGUUGCUCCUGCACAGAAUUCUGAGUUGUUGUGAGCAAAGUGCAAUUCGUUUUUUCGUACUAUUUCAAGCUACAACCCGUACGAACCGCGAACGUAGCUGUCGCGUGACAUCAUCGAUAGUGAUUCGACGCGAAAAUAAACAUUCGCUCACCCCACAAACCCCAAGGUUAAAAGUGUGUCCAGUUGAUAGAUUUGUCUGCUGCAAAGGUACUACAAUGGGUCAACGCUAAAUUUCUGGCGGACAGUGAAAAAGGAACCGCUUCUUAGUACUUUACAGUAGCCAUCAUCGCGAAACCAUCAACAACCGAUUCUUCAAAGCCUACUGAGCGCUCUACAUCUGUACAAGUGAAAAGCAAAAGCACAGCUCGCAUCUCUCGGUGGAUUAUGAGUGCGAGUCGAUUUCCAAAGUUCCUCAAACCGGAUGACGAAUCGUUUGCAUCGGAACGCGACGCGGCACCAGCGGAUGAUCACGUAACGUCGUUCGUCUUCAACGCCCACCAGUCGCUUAAUCUUGCAGCGCAGCGCGAACGUCUGCCGAUACGCCAGUACCGUGACCAGAUUCUGUACUGUCUCGAGCACUAUCAAACGCUCGUGCUGGUCGGCGAAACCGGAUCCGGCAAAAGCACACAAGUACCGCAGUACCUGUACGAGUUCGGAUGGCAUACGAAGGGAUUGAUCGGCAUUACCGAACCCCGCCGCAUAUCGGCCAUCACGCUCGCGGACCGUGUCGCGACCGAGCGGGGCGAACUGUGUGGCGAAACGGUCGGCGUCUCGAUUCGCUUCAUCUCCAAGUGUGAUCCCGAGCAGACGAAAAUCAAAUACAUGACCGAGGGCAUACUGUUGCGCGAAAUGUUGGCCGAUCCGCUGCUCACGCAGUACGCCGUCAUCAUGGUGGAUGAAGCGCACGAACGCAACACGCUAACCGAUACCGCGCUGGGACUGUUGAAAAAGAUUGCCCGCAAGCGUACGAAUCUGAAGAUCAUCAUCUCUUCGGCCACCGUUGAUGCGGAAUUGUUUCGAGAUUUCUUUAACCUGAAACCGAAAAAGGAUGGCAAAGAUACGGCCAUCAUACUGACGGUGGAGGGUCGCAUGUAUCCGCAGGACAUUUUUUAUCUCCAGGAACCGUGUCCGGAUUAUGUGAAGGAAACGGUUAACACGGUGAUGAAGAUACAUCGUACCGAGCCGAAGGGUGAUGUGUUGGCGUUUCUUACCGGGCAGGAGGAGGUACUGAGGGCGGUGGAACUGCUGAAGGAGCAUCAGGAGAUGGGUGGCAAGGAGGACAUGCAGAUUCUGCCGAUGUACGGUACGCUGCCGAAUGCGGACCAGCUGAAGGUGUUCUUUACCGCUCCGAAGGGCGUCCGGAAGGUAGUGCUGGCGACGAACAUUGCAGAGACGUCCGUUACCAUCCCGGGAAUCGUUUAUGUAAUCGAUUGUGGAUUCGUCAAGCUGAAAUGGUACUCGGCGGACAGCACCACGGACAGCCUGGUAGUAGUCCCGGUAAGCAAAGCGGCCGCCGAGCAGCGUGCUGGACGAGCCGGACGUAUCCGCAGUGGCAAAGUCUACCGCCUGUACACCGAGGACGCGUGGGAAAAGCUUCCGGAACACACACCACCUGAAAUGAGAAGGUCCGACCUGUGCAGCACGGUCCUCUUCCUGAAAGCACUCGGUAUAGACAACAUCCUGCGCUUUACCUUUCCUUCUGCACCACCGGCAAAGAAUCUGCUCGCCUGCCUGGAAACACUCUACGCACUGGAAGCGCUCGACGCGGACGGCUCGCUUACUUCGCCGGUGGGAUACUUUCUCGCCGAAAUGUCCAUACCACCGAUGAUGGCCAAGAUGCUGUUUAAGGCGGGCGAGAUGGGCUGCUCGGAGGAGAUUCUCAUCAUCAUCGCCAUGCUGCAGGUGCAGUCCGUAUUUUCCAAACCGGGCGGUGGACAGGCCGCCAUAAGAGCGCGCAUAGCCAAGCGUAACUUCGAAGUGGCCGAAGGUGAUCUGAUAACGCUGCUGAACGUGUACUGCGCCUUUGUGGAGGCUGGUCGAACGAAAGAAUUUUGUGGCCGUAACUUUCUCAUCUAUCGCAAUCUGAAGCGGGCGCACGAAAUUAAAACUCAGCUGGCGGGGAUGUUGGAGCGCGAGCUGAAUGUGCCUCUUCUCUCGUGCCAUGGAAAUGUGGAAACUAUAUGCCGGUGUGUGGUGGCUGGAUUUUUCCCGUACGCUGCUUACCUACAUCAUUCGGGCGUUUACCGGACGGUUCGGGGUAAUACCGAGCUAAGCAUCCAUCCACUGUCCGCACUGUACACGGAGCAGCAACCGCAGUGGGUCGUCUUCUGCGAGCUGAUACACACGACAAAGCUGUUCAUGAAAGAUUUGACCGUAAUCCAGCAACAGUGGCUCACGGAAAUAGCGCCGCACUACUACCACAAGGUGACCGUACGCGAUCACAAUUAAAAAAUAGGCUAAAAAUCUUAGAAUAGAUUGCAUUUCCAACAAACUUUA